UCGGGCUGUGGCUGAUUCCGAUAAAACAGCGGCGGUCGGACCCUCAGCUCUGAGCUGAUAUCUGUCCUGCGGACUGACAUACCAGCCUUCUGAACAUAUUUUAUAUGGAUUUUAUAUAAAAUGUUUUAAGUAGACCGCUUUCUGGUGUACGAAGGUAAAGACGCACUUCCCGGUCAGCGCCUUGUUUCUCCAGAUCAAUUUCACCCGACAACAGCGCGAUGCGAGAGAUUCACCUGAACAACGAGACGUGCACAAAUGGGUCUGUGCUUAUGCUGCGGUGUGGCUCCCAGACAACUGUGUGUUUGGUCACCACGGACCAAAGUCUGAUCCCCACACACCUAAACAACAGCCUACCAACAGGUGUGCGGACAUACAGUUCUUACAACAUGUGGCUGGGCUUGGCUCUGGCACUGCUUUCGGCCUUCCUGAUUGGUGGCAGUGUCAUGCUCAAGAAGAAAGCUCUCCUCCGAUUGGCCAGAAACGGACACACCAGAGCAGGGGAUGGAGGAUAUGGCUACCUUAAAGACUGGCUAUGGUGGGGAGGCCUGUUAGCCAUGGGUGCUGGUGAGGUGUGUAACUUUGUUGCCUACAUGUUUGCUCCGGCCACACUGGUGACUCCACUGGGAGCACUCAGCGUCCUCAUCAGUGCAGUUCUCUCCUCCUAUCUGUUGGGGGAGCAGUUGAAUGUGAUGGGGAAGCUCGGUUGUCUGCUGUGUGUACUGGGCAGCAUUCUGUUGGUCAUUCAUGCUCCACAAGAACAGGAAGUGACGUCACUACAGGAUAUGACCAAUAAACUGCUGGAGCCAGGUUUCCUGGUCUAUGCUGUGGUGGUGUUGUUUCUAUGUGCGGUCCUCGUGUUGUAUUUCUGUCCCCGGUCUGGUCGUUCCAAUAUCCUGAUAUACAUCAGCAUCUGCUCGUUGCUGGGAGCCUUUACUGUGUCAUCUGUAAAGGGCCUCGCCAUCGCCAUCAACACCAUGGUUUAUGACAUCUCUGUGCUCAGCCACCCUCUCACCUGGAUCCUGCUCCUCACCCUCAUUGUUUCCAUAGUAACACAGGUGAAUUACCUGAACAAGUCUCUGGACACCUUCAACACCCUGCUGGUGUAUCCCAUCUACUACGUUCUCUUCACCUCUGUGGUCCUGUCCACCUCAAUCAUCCUCUUCCAGGAGUGGAGCAACAUGUCCGCCGUGGAUAUUGUCACAACACUGGGUUCGUUUCUGGUCAUUGUGGUGGGCGUAGCCAUGCUGCACCUGUUCAGAGAGCUGCAGACUACAAUGAAGCAGCUGACCAAUCAGCUUUCUCAGCCAGUGGAGAGCGAGGGGCUUACAGAAGAGGUCUCAGCCAGUGGAAGAGGGAGGAAUAAAAAGGAAGAUAAAUAUGGACUGAUGGACAAUGUAGUGAUAGAAAGUCUGCCUCCUAUGAGAGAGGAGGGACCCAGAGUCUUCAUCAUCAGCUGAGAUGUACAGAGAGAGAAGCACAGAGGUUCCUGUACUCUGUUUAUAUUUCCAGCACUUUUUCUAAAUUUUGGACUUCUAGUUUGGCGGUGUUUCAGUGUAUCCUAUAGGUCCAUCUAAUCUCACAUGAAUGUAUUCAGAAACACAGUACAAGGUUUUCAUUUGUAUAUAUUUCAGGAAACUUACCAGUAAACAUUAAUUUAGUUUAAAGGUCCAAAUCAUUUAUAAAGCACAUUUUAAAACAGUUGCUAAUGUUGCCCGAAAUACUUCACAGCAAACAUAAAAUCUACAAUUAAAUAUAGAGAAUAAAUAACUCUACGGAUAAAUUAUACAGACAACUAAAGGUGUUGAUUUAAAACUAGAAUAAUCAUAAAUAAUGGCUUGUUACAUUAGAUUAAACUGCUCCUCCUUUACACAGCUGUCAUUAACUUGCAGCAUUUUAAUUUUUUAUUAAUGUUCAAACGAUGAGUCAAUGCCAAUAAAUUAUCAGUUGAGUCACUGUCUUUAGUUAGACCGAUGGGCUCCUAGUCUGCUCUUUCGCUUCUUUCACAGUUGACCUGUCUGGAAAGAUGAACUUUUCUUUAAGAUGUCUCGGGCCAGUCAAACAUUACCAACUUUGCCGGCCUUGUCCCGAGAAAAUGAUGGAGUUAAUGCACCUGGUAUCAGGCACCAAAGGACAUUUGUUUCUCAUUCGACUUCCCCCUAUUGCCAUUCUCCUUAAUACAGUUAACCUUUGAUGUUACUUGAGUCUGGUGUUUGUAGUUUUUAGUGGUCCAUCUUUUGCUGCUACAGUCAUCUGCCUUUUUCUCUUCAUCUCUUGAAAAUAAAGUAAUUUAAUUGCACUUAAACAACAAAAAUUAACCAAUUUUCUUCCUUAUUAAACAAUACUUUUUCUGUCCAUUUUUGUCAUUCAGAUUCACCUAAAGUUCUACAAACAUACCAUCAGGGCUGGGAGAAGAUGCUUUUAUUAUUUAUUUUUAGCUUCAAGUUCAGUAGACAGAAUUACGCUUUAGAUAAAAGAUUGUAUCUAAAAAGGCAAAGGCUACGAUUCAUUUCAAUAUUUCAUAAUUUCAAAAAGACAUUUCCAUAAAACAUUUCAGACAACUGAAACUUUAACCACAAACUAGUUUAACACCUCAGACAUUUGUAUUUGUUAAAACUGGUUUUAAGACCGGGUUUUUAAUUUUUUAUAAAUGUUGUCUUUGAGUCUGUAUUUAAUGUGAUUUAAAAUCUCUCUUGUCACACCUGAGACCCUUGACUUUGAUAAACUGUGAUUUUUAUUUAUUUAUUUUUUCAUCAAACUGAACAAAAAAGAAACAUGUCAGUAAUACUAAAAAUGUUUGAAAGUUUUUCCUACUGGCACCAUGAAAUCAGAGCAGAUUGAGACCACCCUGGCUCUCAUUGUUUUUCCAUCUUUAAAGUGUGUUUCUCUAAGCUGAAGACUGAAGUACAUGAAGCAGAGAAAACAACACUGAGGGUAUGGGUUCAGAAUUAUCCUUGUACAUCAGAUCAUUUCUGCUAAUCUUAAAUAAACAUUAACCUGUUAGGAUAGACCAUGUUUUAUUGACUGAUGCCAGUACAGCAGGUUUACACAAAUAUCUGCAAGGUUUUCAGAAGUCACGCUCAUGUUGACUGUGAUCUGCAAUAUUUAAUUAGGUGAGAUUCUUCUGAAAUUGAAAAUGUUCUGCUAUGAAAGUUGGCUUGUUUCCAAUUGUCUGGCCUCAGACAACAAGCCACACCAAUAAACGUGCAUUUAUCUAUUUAGCCAAAUGAAGGAUUUAUAGUGCAACUGUUUUUUCUGCGGCUUAAACUGGAAACUCUACAGAUUGAUCCAAACUAGACGUAUGGUAGAUCAAAAACCUAUGAUAAGGAAAUUAAAACUGUUUGCUGCUGAAGAAAUUUCAGUUUAUGAAGCUCAGAGAAACCAAAGAACAAAAAAAUCUUUCAACACCACCAGAUUUUUUUGUUUUUUCUUCCAGAUCAUUUCAAUAAAAACUCAACAAAAA